CUCCUUCCAUCUCUGAAAUUUCAUUCCUCCUGCAGAAAUUCGCCUUUAAACUCUGAAGUUCACCCUGAUCUUAAUCACUGGCACGAAUCUGGCAUUAAUGUGAUAGGAUCUGAACUCCAAUUUCAAUGGAAGCCACCGGUCAAAGGACAAUUUGCUUUCCUUCACUUGGCCAGAAUCAGAGAACUUUCUCUAGGACAACUAUUUGUACAUCUGGGUUUCGAAGCUAUAUUGAUUUCAGAAAUCCACAACUUCAACUUCGCUUAAGCAAUCAUUCAUUUUCAAAUAGUUGUCUGUCGGAAAAUGGAUUGGCUAAUUCCAAUGCAUUUGGUGUAACGGAAAGCGAGAGUGUUGAGUCCUACAGUUCACUCAAGGAUGAGCUUUUUGUUCGGUUUUUUCGAGAAGCAUGGCCUUAUUUUCAUGCAUUCCGGGGUAGCACUUUUGUUGUUCUCAUAUCUGCUGAGAUUGUUGAUAGCUCUCAUUUGGAUCCUCUUCUGAUGGAUAUUUCUCUCCUUCAUGGCUUGGGAAUUAAAUUUGUUCUUGUGCCAGGAACACAUGUGCAGAUUGAUAGGCUUCUAGCUGAGCGCGGAAGUGAGCCAAAGUAUGUAGGUCGCUACAGAAUCACUGACGAUGAUUCACUUGAGGCUGCAAUAGCAGCUGCCGGAAAAAUUCGUAUGCUGUUAGAAGCAAAAUUGUCACCUGGACCUUCUUUGAGUGGUGUGCGCCGACAUGGAGGCAAUAGUCGCUGGCAUCACGGUGUCAGCGUCACCAGCGAGAAGGGGAGUUGUGGAUGGAAUUGAUUAUGGGUCAACGGGUGAAGUGAAGAAGAUUGAUGUCUCUCAAAUACGUGAGAGGCUCGACCAAGACUGUAUUGUGUCAAUUAGCAAUGUUGGUUAUUCAAGUUCUGGACAGGUUUUAAAUUGCAACACAUAUGAAGUUGCUACAGCCUGUGCGUUGGCCCUCGGCGCAGAGAAACUAAUAUGCAUCAUCGAUGGUCCAAUUUUAGAUGAAUCCGGCCGUCUUAUUCGCUUCUUAACUCUUCAGGAUGCUGACUUGCUGGUCCGUAGAAGAGCUUAUCAAAGUGAAACGGCGGCAACUUAUGUAAAAGCUGUCGGUCAUGAAGACAUACCUCCUGUAGGCUAUGAAGCUUCAAAAGGAUCUGUAUUUUCCCACAAUGAGAAUGGAUUAGCUAGCCAUAAAUAUAAUGCCACGUUCCAGAACGGAGUUGGCUUUGACAAUGGGAAUGGACUUUGGUCUGGUGAACAAGGUUUUGCCAUCGGGGGACAAGAGAGGCUAAGUAGGUUAUAUGGUUACCUUUCAGAGUUAGCUGCAGCCACUUUUGUUUGCAGAGGAGGUGUUCAAAGAGUUCAUCUGCUAGAUGGCACCAUCGGUGGAGUAUUAUUGAAGGAGUUGUUUCAAAGGGACGGGUUUGGUACAAUGGUAGCUAGUGACCUAUAUGAAGGAACUCGGGCAGCAAGGGCAACAGAUGUUGCUGGAAUAAAACAAUUACUGCAACCUUUAGAAGAGCAUGGAACAUUGGUCAGGAGGACGGAGAAGGAGGUAAGUUUUUGUUUUACUGUCAUCAGGUCACUUUCACAUUUGGGGAGGGGGGUUAGGGGCUGAAGAAAAGUUUAAAAGAGGUCCCAUUAACUAACAAAAAAGACUCCCCAAU